GGGCUUGGAGUGAAAAUAUACUGGAAUAUUUUCUGAGAAAUAAUCAGAUUACAACAGAAGAUGGCGCUGAGAUCAUCUGGUAUCAUGCAGCUAACCACAAGGCACAAAUGAACGAGGCACUGAAAAUGUACUGAGGAAGAGCUCCGUAAAUAUGUGGAUGAAGCCAUGAUAUACUAACAUAUAAAUAAUUUCCAUGGGCAGCCUUUAUGCCUAGGCUAGAAACCAAGCCUUUUGGAUUACUGAUUCAAUCUGUGGUACUGCUCACAUGAUAGAGGCUGACGUCCUUCUUCCCAGUGAUGGAUCAGAACAUGGCCAACCAGUCAUGGCCCACCCUCCUGAAACCAACAGUGAUAACACUCUACAGGAGUGGCUGGCUGAGGUUAUGAAAAGCAAUAAAGGCAUCAAGCUAGAUUUCAAGAGUCUGGCAGCUGUAGAACCAUCCAUGAUGCUCUUGGAAAAGGUGAAGAGGCUUCUGCAGCGCCCAGUGUGGAUUAAUGCUGAUAUUCUUCCUGGUCCAAAUGGAAACAGCAGAGUCGUGGAUGCAAAACCGUUUAUAGACACUGUGACAUCCUUCUUUCCAGAUGUGACUUUUUCCCUGGGAUGGACCACAGGCUGGCAUCCUCAGACAGUCAAUGAAGGAUACAGCUGGACGAUGGUGAAAGAGAUGGAAUAUAUAUGCAGUGAAUUAAAUCAGCCUGUGACAUUUCCUGUUAGAGCUGCAUUGGUCAGACAGUCUUGUUCUCAGUUACUUUGGCUAUUAAAACAAUCAAACAGGUACAGCCUGACUAUUUGGACUGGAAAAAAUGAUAACUAUUCCAUUGAAGAUUUACUUUGUAUUAGAGACCAUUUUGACAAAAAACAAGUUUUCUAUGACAUCCUAGAACCACAGAAUCGUGAAUUUAAACAAGCCGUUGGAAUUAAAGUUAAACUCUAAGAAGAAAAUUCUUCUGAGUUAUUUCAUAUGUUUUGGUUUCAUAAGCCUUUUUGUUUUGUUCUGAAUCAAUUACCAUAUAAAUUAUGAUUGCUGAUUUAGGUUCCAGUUCAUCCCAUCAAAAACAUUUAUUGAGUGCCUACUCUGUUACGCAUGUGUUCUUAUACUAGGGCACUUGUCUAAAAGAUUUGGAAAGGAAAACGUUACCCCGAAACCCUUUAUAAACACUAAUUUUGACAUGCUGACAAUGACUCAAAGAAUCCACUUCUGUCAUAGAACAAGUAUAAGCCACAUUUUGUUGGUACUUGCAUGACAGAAGUUUCACAGGAAUAUGGCACCCUCUUGCCUUUCUCCUGGAAAACAGGUUAUUUUAGAGAUAAGAAAAGAGUAAGGGGGCUUAAAAAAUAUUUUUAGCUUUCAUUGAAGUGAGCAGCUUUCACAUACCAAGAUCAAAUCAAUUAACUGAAAACAAUAUAGAUUAAAUUAGAUGGAUCUAGAAUUUCCAUAUUUUAGGGAAGCAUACUGGCACCUGUGAAUAUUUUUUGUGUUCUUUGUUUCUAUCCUGGUAUCUUAUCUAUAGAUAGAGCAAAAUACUAUCAAAGAGCAGAAUUUAAUACAUCAUUUGUUUUCCAAGUUUCUUAGUCCAGGCCCUUGUUCUUGGGCUGGAAUCACAUGACUUCAUGACUUCAUUCCUUAUGCCCUCCCUGAGUUACCCUGAGUAUAUCUGCUAAGGAAAACUUCUUAAAUACUUUUUCUUCAUGGCAAAUCGAAAACCUCAAGGGACUUCUUGAAUUCAGAUUUAUUGACUUUUCCUCCCUCAAGACUCUUUAUAAUGUAGUCUAACCUAAAAGUCAACUCAAUGGACCAUAGAUCUUACUUUAAUCAUCAAUUUUAACUAUUGAAUAUUUCUUCUUAUAUGUCAUGCUUUGUUAUGUCUCCUCAGCUAGCUUAUAAAUCCCUUCACAAUAAUGGUUCGUACUUCUUAAAUAUCCUUGAUAGUGCCUGGCAGAAAAACUUGUUUUUUCUUUGACUUAUCGAAAAAGUAAUUUACCAGUAAAUGUCCUAUUACAUGUAAUUUGUCUUUUACUCAACUAUUUUCUCCCAGAAUAUAAAGUAGUUCUAUAUAGAGAAAAGAGUUUGGGUUUUGAAGUCAGGCUUCCUUUAUAGCCCCACCUCUGUCCUUACUGGUUUUAGAUUUGGGGAAAUAUUUAACCUCAUCAAGUGUUGGUUUCCUCAUCUGUAAAAUGGGAGAAAAAUGAGGAUUUCCUUGUAGGGUUGUUGUGAGGAUUAAGUGAGAUUGAUAUGAUAGAGGCUCACAUGUCCAUCAAUCAUAUACUAAGUGUUUAACUUAGUUUUUUUUAGACUUAUGUAAUCAUGUCCAUAAUAGAUGGAUGGAUGGCAGAUAGCUCUAAGACAUGAUACAUUGUGGACACAAAGACAAUUAUAAUACAACUACUUUAAAUUUUACCUCCAACUGAAUGCAGUGCUAUUUGUCAAAUAACACUUGAAACUUGACUUUCUACCAUUGCCAAUGGUAAAAAAUUCAAUUUCAUAAUUAUAAGGUUUUACAAUUGCAACAAAGAAAAACUCUUAAAAAUAUAGUCAAGCAUAGUGUUUAUAAAUUUUGCUUUAUAUAUAAUAAUAAUGAACAUGCAUUAUUUUUGUAAAGAGAUUUGAUUUUACAAGUGAACUACAUUUUGAUGCAGUUUGAAAUAAAAUUCAUUUUUUUUGCAGAAGGUUAUUUUUACUACUUAAUUAUCUGGCCCUUGAUAAUAUUUUUUAAAAUAGUCUUUUGGCAAAAUUAUCUUCUAUUGUGAAAACUAUCAGCUGAGUGUUACUUAAAUUACGGUUUGAAGUUAUAUUUUAAAUUGUUCUCAGAAACAAAAACAUAAGAGAAUUGUAAAGUGUAUUCUGUUGGAAAGUAAAUUUUUAAUGGAUAUCCAUAUGGGAAAAAUAGUCUUGAGCCCUACCUCACACUAUACACAAAUAAUUGAUGAUGGAUCUUAGACCUAAAUGUGAAAGCUAAAACUAUAAAUCAUUUAGAAGAGAAUAUAGGAGACUGUUUUCCUGUCUUUGGAGUAGGCAGAGAUUUCUUAUGUAUAAAGAAAGCUUUAAUCGUAAAAGAAAAAGUUGAUAAAUGGACUAUCAAAAUUUGAAACUCCUCAUUAAAAUACAUCAUUGCAACAUAUCUGACAGAGGACUUGUUUUCAGAGUUUGUAAAGAGCUCCUAUAAAUUUAUGAGAAGAGACAACCCAAUUAAAAAUGGGCAAAAGACUUGAACAGCUAUUUCACAAAAUGAAAUACUAAAGAAUGACCACUAAGGAUAUGAAAAGAUGCCUAACAGCAUCACUCAUCCAGGAUUUGCAAAUUGAAACCACAGAGAGAUACCAAUACACAUCUAUCAGAAAGGCUAAUAUUAAAAGGACUGGCAAUACCAAGUUUGGUGAGGAUAUAUAGCACCAGAAUUAUCAUACAUUGCUAAUGGGACUGUAAAAUGGUACAGCCUCUUUGGAAAACUGUUUUGCAGUUUCUGACAAAGAAGUACAGUCUACCCUAUGACCCAACCAUUCCAACCCUAGGAAGAUACACAAGAUUAAAGAGCUCAUAUGAACACAUAAAAAGACUUGUACAAUAAUGUUCACAGUGGCUUUAUUUUUAAUAGCCAAAAACUGGAGACAACCCAAUUUCCAUCAUGGAGAGAGUUGAUAAAUGAUACAUUCAUAUACCAGACUAUGCAGCACUGAAAAAGAUUGGCAUUCUGAUACAUGCAACAAUAAGAGCAAAUAUCAAAAACAUUUUAGCAAAAGAAACAGAUGCAAAUGAAUACAUACCAUAUGAUUCCAUUUAUAUGAAGUUCAAGAACAGGCAAAACUAAUGUUUGCUGAUAGAAUAAUGGUUACCUUUGAGGUUGGGUGGGUAUUGGCUAUGAAGAAGCACAUGGGAACAUUUUGGAGUGAUGAAAAUGUUCUGACUUGUUCUAGGGUGGCUAUUUUGAUGAACAUAUAGCAAAAAGAUUGAAUUGAACUGUUCACUUAAUAUUUGUGAAUUUUACUGUAUGCAAAUUAUACAUCAAUUUUUAAAAAUUUAAAGGCCUUGAUGUAUAAGAAAGCAAUAGAAUAUUAUGAAGA